UCAGUGUCAGCUUGUAAGUUGUAAAUGCCGGCGUUUUGAUUGAAUUUCCAAUUUGAAUAAAUAUUUCAUGAAUUUUGUUUAACACUAAGAAGAGCAUAAAAAUGUCUAGGGACUUGGUCGUACUUGCCCCCAAUGGACGAAGGGUCAAGGUCCACUGCACUGCCGACACCAGCAUUUUACAGGUUUUAGAAGAUGUUUGCGCCAAACAAGGAUUUCAACCCACUGAUUAUGAUCUGAAACAUCACAAAACAAUUCUUGACCUAACGACAACGAUAAGGUUUUGUAACUUACCGAAUAAAGCUACACUGGAACUGGUUGAGACUGAAAGAAAAAGAGUAGAAACUGAUGUCACAAUUGGGCUUAUGUUGGAUGAUGGAGAAAGAAAAAUGGGAGAUUUCUCACCAAGCACAACACUAUAUGAUAUGGUUUUCACACUUGCUCCUGAAAAAUUGGAGUCCUUAGAUCUUCCAUCAAUAUUAUACAUGAGACAAGAAGUGAUAGGUGUAGAUGCAUUGAAAGAGAAAACGAUACGACACUUAGGGCUUAUAACAGGAAGAGCAAUUUUGAGGUUGCUUAAUAAAACAGAAGCAACGCAAGCAAAUGUUUCAAGAGUUUAUCGACGGCCUCAAACUGAGGAGCCACAAAGAAACACAGCAUCAUCUGUUAAUAAGCAAGAACCACUUCAAAACAAAGAGUCAUCAUUUCCAGGACCUUCUGGGAUCCAGAAGAAAAAUAAAACAACUGCCUUUGAUCCUGUGCAAGCUAUAAAACAAGAACAACACAAAAAUGAAACCAUUUCAAAGGCACAAAAUGUUAGUGACAAUAUUGAAGAUGAAAUAAGUGAUCAAAAAAUGGAAGUAGAUACAGAAGAAAUAAACAUCCCGGCAACAUCUACAGCACAUAGUAAUAAGAAGGAAAUAGAAAGUCAGUUCUCACAAGAAAAUUUAGAGAGACGUUUAAAAAUAGAAGAAGAAGUUGUUUUUCUUGGUGCACAAAAAGCGAUAGCUUUCUUGCCACCAGAAGGCUUGGAGGAUGAGCUACAAGACUUGCCGGACGAUUUUUACGAUCUAACAAUAGAAGAAGUACGCAAGAUCUAUCACGACUUGCAACAGCAACGACAGCAACUUGAAAACAUGCCCUUGAUGACAUCCACGCAGAAAGGGGAGAUUGAAAGACAGUCAUCUGAACAAAGACAGAAUUCUUAUAAAAAUGCUGUAGUCCGCAUACAGUUUCCAGAUCAUAUGAUUUUACAAGGUAUAUUUGCACCAUCUGCAAAAAUAGAAGAUGUAAAGAAUUUUGUAAAGGAACAUUUACAUAAUCCAGAAAAGCCAUUUGUUAUAUUUACCACUCCUUUAAAAGAGCCCUUAGAUCCUUCUAUGACCUUACUUGAAUCUAAAUUCGUACCUUGUGUUCUAAUGCACUUUAAAUGGACUGAUGAAAACAGUGGAAGGCCUUACCUUAAGGAAGAUAUAUAUUUGAAAAAGACUUCUAGCGACGCUGCUAGUAUUUUGGCUUCAAAAUAUCGAGCACCUACCAGAAAAGUAAAAGACGAAACACCUAAUGAAUCCCGAAGAACGUCGGAUGCGCAAUCUUCUUCCAUGAAGAGCAAAGUUCCCAAAUGGUUUAAGAAAUUAAAUUACAAGGUUAUUACAAAAAUUAAUAAAAUGGCUUCAUUACAUCAAAACCUUGCAAGCGCAAAUUUUCAUUCAAGCAGAUUAAAAGGAAAAGUGGCUAUUGUUACGGCAUCUUCUGAAGGUAUUGGAUUUUCUAUCGCAAAACGGUUGGGAAAUGAAGGAGCUUCUGUUGUUAUAAGUAGCAGAAAGGCAGAAAAUGUAAAGAAAGCAACAGAGAGUUUAAGGAAUGAGGGUAUUAAUGUUGAAGGUAUUGUUUGCCAUGUCAGCAACGCAGAGCACAGGAAAUUGUUAUUUGAAACUGCGAAAUCUAAAUUUGGAGGUUUUGAUAUACUUGUCUCAAAUGCUGCAGUGAAUCCGUCUGUAUCACCUAUUUUAGAGACAGAAGAAGACAUAUGGGAUAAGAUAUUUGAUGUCAAUGUUAAAAGUGCUUGGCUGUUAGCUAAAGAAGCUUAUCCAGAAUUGAUAAAACAAGGUGGAGGAAAUAUUGUAUUUGUUGCAUCAAUUGCAGCAUAUCAACCAAUGGAACCUUUAGGUGCAUACAGUGUUAGCAAGACUACCCUGCUUGGAUUGACAAAAGCAAUUGCAACUGAAGUUGUGCAUGAUAACAUAAGAGUAAAUUGUGUGGCACCAGGAAUUGUUGCAACUAAAUUUGCUGCUGCAAUAACAACUUCUGAAGCAGGCAAAGACAAGUCUUUAUCAAUAGUGCCAAUGAAAAGAUUUGGAAAACCUGAUGAGAUAGCAAGUGCUGUAGCAUUUUUAGCGUCUGACGACGCCAGCUAUAUGACUGGGGAAACAUUGGUUGUGGCCGGCGGAGCUUAUGCACAUCUUUAAUUUAUCAUCAUCACCCUGAAGUUAUUUAAAAUACAUUUUUUUAUAUCUCCUAAAAAUAACAAAAACCUUGUUUAACUUUAUACACAAGAUUUUAUUCUGUUAUAUUAAGAUAAAUGCAUAAUGCUAUAUCAAAGUGAGGUGGUUGUUUUAGUGGUGUAUAGGUAGGGUACUAAUUAAGCAUAUGUAACAUGUUUUUUAUAUUGUAGUAUUAUAAUUGCCUAAAAAGGGGGUCCAAUUUUUGUAAGGAGAUGUUAUUCCUUCAAAGAAUCACUUGUUAAUUGACAUAUACAUUUAAAAAACAAAUACUAUAAAUAAAUGUACAAAACGCU